UUCCCGCCGUGGAUGUAAUCUGCUUGUUUUCGAGACUUCUCUCUGUGGAUUUUGCAAACAAUGCCCCUCGCUACAUUUUUUUGAGACAUUCUGAGAUGGAAAAAACCUCUGUAGAAGAUGAGUGCGUGGAUUCUGGUGCAGAAACUGCAGGGUGAGUUGUGCAGAAAAGGAGAGAAAUGACUACCAGAUGCUCGGCUCACAAGCAAUACACACAACCUAAUGUAGCUCAACAUAGUACGUGUUUUGAAGAAUGUGAGUUCAAUUGCUCUGGUUGGAGAUGCUGCCUGAACACUAUUCUUUCUCAGCGAAGUUUUAUUUCGAUGAAUGUGUUUGUGUUCACUUUGCUUGCAGACUUUAGUCAGAGAUGGACCUCACGAGUGGUCCGACUACAGUCCCCUGUCGUCUACAAGCAGUGACGUGUCCAUGGGCGAGCUCCAGGACCCCUUCCUGGUCAGCGUCCACCUGAUUGCCGAUCCCGGCGAGGGUCUCUUCCUGCAGCGGGCAGCAGAUGGCAUCCUGGCAUGGGUCCACCCUGAGCUGCAGCUCUUCAAGGUCUCAGAGCGGGCCGGCUUCUCCCGGCACCCCCGACCCAAACGGCAUCACAGCGGCGUCCAGGCGGGCGCCCCCCAGCCGGCCCUGGCGGUCAUUUUGUUCCUACAGGAGGGCUGCGGCGGCGAGGAGCCGCACCGCUCUCUCAGGCGGCCCCCCUGGCGCCACCAUCACAGCGAGGAGGUGAGCGGCGGGCGGAGGAUGCUCCCGCUGGCGCCGAGCACUCAGGACUUCUUCACCUUAGCGCCCGGCACGCCGCUGUGGGCAGUGCGGCAGGUGCACUACGGCAAGGAGAUUGUGCGCUUCACCCUGUACUGUUGCCAUGACAACUACGCCGACACAGUGCGGCUCUACAAGCUGCUGCUUCAGCGCCGGCUGGCCCAGAAGAAGCAGGACUUCUGCUUCCUGGUGGUCUACUCCAACCCGGACAUGGAAAUCCAGCUGUCCUUCAAGAGGCUCCCCAGAGGUCAAAGGCCGGCGGCUCUGGACUCGGCUGUAAUGGAGGUCAGGGUGCGAGACGUGGGGGCGCUGGUGCCCCUCCUCCCCAACCCGUGCAGUCCAAUCAGUGACGUUCGCUGGCAGACGGAAGACUACGAUGGUAAUAAAAUCCUCCUUCAGGUCCAAGGCGUCCACUUCAAACUCAGACAUGAUCCCACCCACAUUGCUGACUCUUCCUUGGCUCAGCCCGCUUUUACCUGGAGCUCCGCCUCCUACAGGAGCCACCGACAUCGUCAUCAUCAUAGGAGCACAUCCCGUCCCAGAGUCCACCAUCACCAGGUGUCGGUGUGCUCUCUCCCGCUCUGCUGUGAGGAAGACGAGGGGGGCGGGGAGUGGUUCUGGCGCGACUGGUGCCACCCGUCCAGGGGGAGGGGCCAGCGCUCCAACUCCCUCUUCUCUCUGCCCAACCUGGGCUCGUCCAGCUCCACCUGCUCCUCGCCGGGCCCCUCUCCAGCUAGCCCCCGUCAGCAGAGGUGCUCCUCCCUCAUCCCGCCCUUCCGGCUCAACGUGGACGCUCUCUUCGGUGCCGAGGAGACGGACGUGGACACGGGGAAUAAAGUCCAAGCGGGCGGCGUGGACCUCACUGUGGUGUCUGCGUACGUCCAAACUGCCCUCGAGGCUUCACGGCCUCCACCGGCGCCACCGGAACACAUUGCUGAGAAUAACCUGAAGGUGGCCACAUUUGGACGGACACAUGUCUCUGCCGGGACGAAGGACUCUCCGACAGUGUGUCAGCCCCUCAGUGACGACUCCACGAACAACGAUGAGGACCACCAAACACCUGCAGAGAAAUGUACACAGGAUGAUGAUGAGGACGACCAGGAAUUCUACAUUUGAUGCGCGCCUUUGUUCUCUGCUGCCCUCUGGUGGACUCACCUUCACUUUGCUCUGUGCCGCCCCCUGGUGGACACAUCAUAUCUAGCGUAUUUGUGCAUGUUGCUUUUUUUCCAAGCGUAAACUCACUUGUAUACGAACUGCUUUACAUGUUUAAAAGUUUGAUUUCUUUCCAUUCGUUUACUUUAAAAAACAACAACUUUGGCCUAAGGGAUAAACAUAAAGAUGUGGUGAAAUAACACACAUUCACUGAACACUCACUGGUCAUUUCAUUAGGUACACAAUCUAAUCCCAGCCAAUAGUAAAAAUGCUGCCAUGACAAAGAUAAUGUUUGCUUUUUUACUUUUGAUUGACGGGACCUUAUCUUGCUACGUGUGUGACAAAACAUUGGAAACAAGCACAAUAAUAAACAUAUGGUUGGAUUAAUAACUUUCUGUUAACAUUAUCAUCUUUGUCAAGGCAGAAUUUUUGUAUUGUAUUGGCUCUCAUGGGAUUGCAUACGGAAUGAAAAAAACAUGAAUAAAAGGCCAGCGAAGGACCAAUAAAGGUUAACUCAAGUAAUGAAUGAAAAUCAGCGUUGCCUUCACAGCGCAGGGGUGUCCAAACUUUUCCCAGAGCAUAUGGGGUAUAGGUACGGUGCACUUUGGGGGGGGGAUGUAAAAUAAAGACAAAGCUUUGCUAUUAUUAGUUAUUAGUCUCAUCAUUUCAGCUUUUUCUCUUUAAAUUGUAACUUUUUGCUCUACUUUUCAGAACCAAUCAGGCCAACACCCCAGGACACCCCAGUCAGCCAAAACAGUAUUGUCUGUACAGUCCGAUGCUGCCCUCUUGUGUUUGUUUUCUGAAUUGCAUUCCCUCAACCAUCCUUUCAUCCAUCUUCUCCUUUCAGGACCUGAUCAGCUGUCAAUCAAGGAGUGUUCUUCCACCUAGCAUCUUCUUAUAAAUAAAAAAUUAAGUGUCUGUGUCACUGUGCAGAUAAAAAGACCCCAAAAAAGUGUGUCCGUAGCACAUCACUGCUGACUGGAACGUUCCACCAGCUUGCCGACCAUGCCUAAAAAAGCCUGAUUGAAUGCAUUGGUGGCCGCCAGUUGCUCCCUCCUCAGAGACUCCUCCAUCUCUCUGGCCAGGCGCAUCUCCUCCAAGGCAAGCUGGAAGUGUUCAGACCGCUGCUGGAACUGCAGCUCCUGCAGGCGGAUGACGCGCUCCUGCUGCGCCUCCUCCACCUGAUGGUGCCUCAGGUCGGCAGAGUGGAUCUGGCGGAGGACGGCCACUAGCUCAGACUCGCGUGUGCCUUUCCGUCCUAUUAAAUCAGAGAACUUGUUUUUUUAACCGACAACAAUGCAAAUAAAUGGGAGACAAAAGGCUG